GAUCCUCUAUCUCCAGCUUGGUCCCCAUUAGAUCCUCUAUCUCCAGCUUGAUCCCCAUUAGAUCCUCCCUCCCGUCCCGUCCCUCCCUACCUAACGAUCUCGGUACAGUACCGGAUUUAAGCCAACCCAACCCUGCUUCCUCUCCUAACUCCAAGUAGAAAACUCUGGACACAACACCCAUGAAUCAGUACCUAAUCCCCAUCUGGUAAAAUGCUUAAUCCCGAUCGGUGAAUGAUUGAUUAGAGUAUCUCCAUACCUAUGAUGACUUAGCUAGGUAAGAACUGUAUAUAAAUAGGGGGAGGGAGGGACCUUCCCAUGGAUGCUUUAUCGACCCCGCACUGCAAACUGCAUCGUCAUCCCGCAUCCCGAAGUUGGAAGUUUUUACAAUUGAGCUCGAUACUUGACUGCGACUACAAACAAACACAAACACAAACACAACAAGACUAAAAACAAGAUGUCUCAAUUACUUGGAAAGGAAGUUGGUCCUAUUGGCUAUGGAAUGAUGGGUUUGUCUAUUCCUUUCCAAUUACCAUUUCCAUCGAGCUAAUUAUAUUUACCUAGGCCUUUCAUGGAGACCACAGCCCCAACCGUUGGCAGACUCAAUCAAAGCCCUCAAGAUCGCAUUGGAAUCUGGCUGCAACUUCUGGAACGGCGGUAUCCUCUACGGCACACCCGAAUACAACAGUCUACACAUCAUCAAAGCCUACUUCAAACAAUACCCCGAAGAUGCUUCACGCGUAAUCUUGUCUAUUAAAGGUGGUGUCGAGGCCAAUCUCCACCCUAACGGAGACCCAGAAUUUGUCAAGAAGAAUAUCGAUGAUGCCUUGGUUGUUUUGGAUGGUACUAAGAAGAUUGAUAUCUUUGAGUGCGCGAGGGUUGAUAAGAGAGUCCCUAUUGAGGUUACGCUUAAAGCGCUAGAGGAAUGUGUUCAAGCAGGCAAGAUUGGAGGCAUUUCGCUGAGUGAAGUUUCGGCUGAGACGGUGAAGAGAGCUGUCAAGGUUACGAAGAUUGUGGCUUGCGAGGUGGAGCUCUCGUUGUGGAGUUUGGAUAUCUUUGAGAAUGGAGUUGCGGCUGCUUGCGCUGAAUAUGAUAUACCGAUUGUUGCGUAAGUCUCCCCUUUUCCCCUUGGUUCAAUUUUGUUGCCUUGGGAUUGCAUCGUGUUUACGAGAGAAACUAACGGGAAUAGAUACUCACCUAUCGGACGAGGUAUUCUUUCGGGAGAAAUCAAGAAGCCAGAGGAUAUCCCAGAAGGAGAUUUCCGUCGUAUGCUACCUCGAUUCCAACCGGGUACCUUCCCCAAGAACCUGGGGCUCGUUCACAAGAUUCAAGAUAUCGCCACGAGUAAAGGCGUUACGCCCGCUCAACUCGCCAUCUCCUGGGUUGUCCAUCAAUCCAAGAAGAACGGAAACCCAGUUAUUAUCCCCAUCCCAGGCGCCACAACCGAAUCGCGUAUCUUGGAGAAUGUCAAAUCGAAGGAUGUGAUUUUGAGUGAGAGUGAUGUUGCGGCUAUCGACGAGAUUCUUAAGGGCUUUACACCGACUGGUGGUCGUUAUGGAGGACCUGGUGCUGUGCAUAUGAAUGGCUGAGCUGUUAGUAGUGCUAUUGGCAAUGAUGUACCGUAGUUUGAGGAACUGAUGGUAUGCUCAGAAGUGAUUGUAAUGUAUGAAGAGUUCGACAUUGGCCGAAGCCAUCCGAAUUGCAGAACCCGUGAGGAUAUUCAUCAUAGCAUGGAAGAAGCAGGAGAGAGUAGCUUACCAUGGCUAGUAGUUGAAUGCAGCAUGUCGCAGCCAA